UAACUUUCAACACUUUAUACCCAGCCAGCACCAACAGAUUGUCCCUGACUUCACAACAGCGCAGCUGGAAGAUAGGGAUUGAUUACCGUGAUUGAACAUUUAUUUUAUUUGCACAUAUUGACCUUAUACGAGGGGUAAAACUCGUUGCGCCGCCAAGAUGUCGACCACCGUGGAUAAGAUCAAGCAAGUCGAGGACGAGAUGGCUCGGACUCAGAAAAACAAGAACACGUCUUAUCACUUGGGACAAUUGAAGGCGAAGCUUGCGAAACUGAAGCGAGAGCUUCUGACGCCCUCCGGAGGCGGCGGUGGCGGUGGAGUUGGAUUCGAUGUCGCUCGUACUGGUGUUGCUAGUGUUGGUUUCAUCGGUUUUCCGUCAGUCGGCAAAAGUACUCUGAUGAGUAAAUUGACAGGCCAACAUUCGGAAGCUGCGGCGUACGAAUUCACAACCCUGACCACGGUGCCUGGUCAGGUCAUGUAUAACGGCGCAAAGAUUCAGAUUCUGGAUCUUCCGGGUAUUAUCCAGGGUGCCAAGGAUGGCAAGGGUCGUGGUCGUCAAGUCAUUGCGGUGGCCAAGACAUGCCAUCUGAUCUUCAUCGUUCUCGAUGUGAACAAACCCCUUGUCGACAAGCGAGUCAUCGAGCGAGAAUUGGAAGGGUUCGGGAUCAGAAUCAACAAGCAGCCUCCCAAUAUCACCUUCAAGAAGAAGGACAAGGGCGGCAUUGCGAUUACGAGCACUGUUCCCUUAUCACACGUUAGCCAUGAGGAAGUCAAAGCUGUCAUGAGCGAAUACAAGAUCUCUUCCGCCGAUAUCGCCAUCCGGUGCGAUGCGACGGUUGACGACAUUAUCGACGUGCUUGAGGCCAAGAGCCGAGCGUACAUCCCCGUCGUCUACGCCCUGAACAAGAUCGAUUCCAUCACCAUCGAAGAGCUGGAUCUCCUUUACCGUAUACCUAACGCCUGCCCUAUCAGCUCCGAACACGGCUGGAACAUCGAUGAGUUACUGGAGCAGAUGUGGGAGAAGCUCAACCUCCGACGGAUUUACACCAAGCCUAAGGGCAGGGCGCCCGACUACACGGCGCCUGUCGUUCUCAAGGCCGGCGCAAGCACAGUCGAGGAUUUCUGCGUUUCUAUCCACAAAUCGAUCAAGGAGCAGUUCAAGCAGGCGAUCGUUUACGGGCGUUCGGUCAAGCACCAACCGCAGCGCGUCGGUCUCACGCACGAGCUUGCCGAUGAAGACAUUGUGACGAUUAUCAAGCGGUAAAGCACCAACCGAACUCUCGAUGCUACGAGCCCGUGCCAGAGCGGAGAAAAGCAGUGGCGAAUCGAGUCGCGCUCGAGACCACGAAACGGGGCGUGUGUGUGUAAAGGGGGUUCUACUUCGCUAAGUUGU